UCACUUUAUCUUAAAUGUGAUGACAGUGCCACGCCGUCUUAUCUAUAAUCGGGGCAAUUCAAGUAUAUAAACCGCAGUAUUUUAAAACAUGUCCCCCAUCAGGCAUCAGAGUAUUGCGACAGUGAUUUUAAUACUAUUUUUAAAAUGCACUCAUCAAUCGAUCAGUGAUAAUAAUCACAAACGUGAUGUUUCGGCGGUAAUAAGUGAUGCGACUAAAACUCCCCUAAGGAGGUGCUGCACACAAAAUGAAACUUUAACAGUGAACGAAAAUGGUUCAAUAGCAUGCCAAGAAGCCUUAAUAAAGGUAAAUCCAGAAGACGACUUAAGUACGGUCAUCGAUCAAGAUUUGUCUCAGUUUCACAUCAUUAAUGUGCCAAAUAAGGAUGUUUGCCUUAGCAGUCUGGACUACAGGGUGUUCCUGAAUUCACAUCUAUCCAUAGAUGCCCAAGGGAAUUUAACCUGGAGCGCCGGCUCAAACCCCAUCAUAUUGGCCAUGGAUAAGUAUUGCGCUUCCAAUAUUGAAGGGAAAUUGGCGGUGUUGGCAUGCAUUCAAGCCGAUAAGCAGGCGGAGAAUUGGCUUCUUACCGGCUCCGGAAUGCUCAUCUCCAUGCCAUUCCUGGCAAUCACGUUCAUAGUAUAUGCCCUGCUGCCGGACAAGAAUUUGUACCAGUAUGCCUUAAUGAUUUAUGUACUUACACUGUUUUUGGCUUAUCUACAAUUAGUGCUGAUAAACUAUAUAACCCUUAUUGAAAACGAGGCAUGCAUACUUAUAGGAUAUUUGACACUGUUCUCGUUCACCACCUCUUUUUUCUGGUUGAACGUCAUUUGUUUUGAUAUCUGGUUCACUUUCAGUCGUGGAAGAAGCAUAGUGGGAGGAAGACGUAGUUCAGAAAUAAAAAAACUUGGUUUCUACAGCAUUUACGCUUUCGGAGUCCCUUUGGUGCUAAUCAUUCUGGUUUACCUACUCCAGACGGAGUUCCUGGACCCCUUAUCGAUUCACAACCCGAAAAUCGGCAAAGGAAAGUGUUUUUUGGAAACCGGAUGGCCCAGUUUAUGGUACUUAUACUUGGAAGCCGGGUUGAUAAUAAUUGCGAAUCUAGUCUUCUUCAGUUGGACCGCCGUCAGUAUCAGAAAAGUGAAGAAGGAAACCGCGAUGUUGAAGCAUAACGACAGCAAGAGGCACGCAUACGAGAAAAGCCAGAAGAAGUUUAAUUUAUUUAUAAAGCUAGCCUUUGCAAUGGGGAUCAACUGGAGCACUGAAAUAAUCUCCUGGUUCGUAAACUGGCAAACCGACAGCGCUUAUUCCAAAAUCUGGAUCGUCACUGAUUGCGUAAACGCCCUCUAUGGCGUCUUCAUUUUCUUUAUAUUCGUUUUCAAAAAGAAAACUUGGAGGUUAUUGAAGAGGCGAUACUACGCUUUCAGAGGCAAAGUUUACUUGGCCCACUCGAUGGGAGGCACGUCGUCUCGCCCCACGAACAUUUCGACCACCGAGAGCACCGUGACCACCACAGUAAACGGGGCCAGGCGACCCGAAGAUAAUAUUUUAUUACAUGACAGGCGUUAAAAUCCGAAUUAGUACAAUUUUAUUUAAUCGUACUUAUUAAUUAAGGAGCUUUUUAUAACGUUUAUUUGUGAUUCUAGUCAUAUAUGUAUACUUAAUUAUUUUAGAUAAGGAUUGUUUAGUGUCCUAAGUCACUGUAGUCUUAGUUUCGACUUCUAUGAUCAGUCUCACUGCUUUUGCUAGAAUCUUACUGUAUCACUUAAGAUUUUUUUUUUGUAUGUCUACUUAUUAAAGCUUUAAAGGUUAGAACGAAAUUUUAUCAAAAAUAAAAAACUUUUAAAAAAAGUUUAAGGUUUA